AUGACGUUCGACAUCCAUGUGGCGAUCUCAUCCGUCACUUUGGCAGGAAGUGUCAUGUCAUUCUUCGCAACCACUUGUGUACUCAUUUCGUUUGCCAUUUACUAUCACCAUAUCCGAACUUUCAGGCAAAUGCUAAUUCUGGAGUUGAUGUUUUUUGCUCGAGAAUUUACAAAUAACCUGAAUAAUUCCGUAUCCGGUAUUUGGCAUCUUAAGAACGGAGAACUUAGUAGUGGGAGACUUUGUACUGUUAAUGGCUUCAUAGGCCAGCUUUCAGCUCAAGGAGUAGACCUUUCGAUACUGGCCAUCGCUGCUGUUACUCUCUUUACAGUAACAAGACGAAUCUAUAUGCCAUCAGUGUCCAUGACAAAAAGAAUAUGUAUUUGCCUUUCCAUUUCCAUCCUUCCUCUCAUCACAAGCAUCAUACCAACCUCCAUGGGGGAGAUGCAACCAGUCGGUGGCAACUGGUGCUGGAUAGGAAUAAAUCGCCCUGAUCUACGGUACACAAUGGCACAUGGCUGGCGUAUCUUUGGCAUCUUCAGCACAAUUUCCAUUUAUAUCUACAUCUGGGUGUACUUGAGAAGACGACUCGGGUCUAAGCCCCGCAGGACACGUCAACUGCGAUGUGAUGCGCCAUCUAGCAAUCAAAUCGCAUCCCUUCCAUUCAAGAGCCCGAAAAGAAGCGGAUUCCAGGUCAUGGGCGAGGAAGAAGUCGAACUUGAUCCAUUUGAGCGAGGACAACCAAGCAUAGCAGCGACUAACCCGGAGGCAUUCUGUGAGGAAUUUCAACCGCCUCGUUCCCCUCAAGAUACCAGAUUCAAGGAGAUCAAUAUUGAAUUGGGAGAGAGAUCACCAGCCGGCUCUAGUAAGACAAAAGGAGGCGUCGUGCGGCAUCGACCUACAGCAUCGAAAUCUGGAGCGGAUCCGACAAUACUGGAAGAUUCCAGCAGUCUUUUCCCCGAACCAUCUCAAGCAAGGCAGUCUCAGCAAAGUCAGUUGAGCGUAUUGCAAACCAACGCCAGUGAAUUCCAUAUGCGCCCGGAUGCUGAUCAAGUCGAACUUGAGAUCAAGAGAAUGCUGCUACUUAACGCAUACCCCUUUAUGUAUGUGCUUCUCUGGAUGCCUGGACUCGUUAAUCGACUUAUGGAGGCAUCUGGGAAUCCGAACUCGAAAACAAUCAACGUUGCCCUUCAAGCUCCAACGCAGUUUAUUGGACUGGCUAAUGCCUUGACGUAUGGCUUCAACCAUUAUCUAAGAAAUAGAUUGAAUGAGUUGUAUCUCAGACCGAUGAUUACAAGGGUAAAGGAUCAAAUCAGGCUCUCCUGA